AGCUUUCCCCCCUCGGAUGCGAACUUGCUUCGCCUGCAUCCCACCAAGCCUCCGUCACUGAUAGAUGUCUCGUGUGGCGUGUCCUCCCAUUCUUUCUGCCUGUCCACCAGUCCAUGCCGCGACAGGAUCGUCCUUGGCCGUCGCAUCAUGGCGGCUGUCAACCGGAACAUGUUUGACGCAAGUGUCACCACCGAUCGCCCGCAGGGCGCACCGCUGAUGGUCCUGCCGCUAAAUUUAAUCGCGGUGAUCGUCUCUUACGUUCGUCCCGACGCUGCUGUGAUUGAGCUCAUACAACCGCUGACCCGUCGCUGUGUCUGCAGGUGGAUGAGCCCGGGGAUCUCGCCCGUCUCUGUCGAACAUGCCGCGUCCUCAAUUACAUGGCCCUUCCCCAGCUCUACAAACACAUCACCUUGACCUCUUAUGACAAGAUCCGGUAUCGCGAUGAGGAGCCCGAGGGCAUGGGUAGUGCCAGCCCAUUCUCGAUGGGAUUGAAUGCCAUUAUCACCCGACCGUAUGCCACACUUGUCCGGUCGCUGACGCUCCGGGGCAACUGGCGGGAGCUCGAGCUGGAGGAGCACGCGCGCGUGGGCCGCGUGCCUGACUCCUCGAUGAUGCUGAACAUUGCGGUACGCGCGGCGGUGGAUAAGAUGACGGAGCUGGAAAGCUUCAGCUGGGAGCUCAACACUAAGAUGCUGGAAACCGUCUAUCUCGGGCUGGCACGGUUGCCCAAGCUAACCGCACUGACUCUACGAUUCCCCUCGAGCCGCCAUCCCCGGCCGACGAUCGUGAUCCCGGCCAUGCCGCACCUCCGAUACCUCAAAGUCACCGACAUCGACCCCCUUUGCUAUCCGGAUGAUAUCUCGACCCUCUUGUGGAAGUGCCGCAAGCUGCGGGAACUCAACAUGCAUUGGUCCCCACGGAUGCGAAAUGCGCAGGAGCCCAGUGUCAUGGUCCACGACUAUUUCCGCAAGUGCCUCGCGGCGAAACAGCCGCUCUCGAUCCGGAAGAUUGGCCUCCAGAACCUGUACGCUUUGCACACGGAAGACUUCAAUCGGGCCGUCGAUAAUAGCACCGUCGAAGAGGUGACCAUCCUCAACAACAGCGGAGCGGAGCUCGCGAUGAACACCUUUGUGGACAACACUUGGCCCUCGACGCCGGCCUUCCGCCUCCGCAUCAAAUGCAUCCGGCAGGAUGCCAUCUCCCGGAAGCAUGCCGAUUUCCUUAAUAGUUUCACCGGCCUGGAACGUUUAUACUUUGUUAAUGCCACCCUCAAUCCCAGCGACGACAUCAACUCCCCCCGACCUCUAACCUCCGCGACCGCACUCACACCCCCCGCCUCCGACCUCUCCCGAUCCACCAGUAACGGCUCCUUUACCAACUGUCCCGCAGGCGCUGCGGCCAAUUCCCCCAACUUGUAUGCCAGCAUAAGGGAUCUUUACCUGAACAAUAUUACGAUGAAUCACGCCGCUACCUUACGACACCUCUUACUCCCCGCUCGUUGGCCGCUCUCCGCACCGACGGUGGCGCGCCUUGUCCACGCCAGCCCACAAUUGGAACAGCUCGGCUUCUCCACGGAGUUUUCCGACCUGGAAGCAUUGGGGCUCCUACUUCCUUUCCUCCGAAACCUGAAAGCGCUGCGCCUGCUGGUUCCGACCAACUCUACGUCCUCCGAGGCGGGCCGUGCUGCUCCGCCUGCCACGUCGCUCAAGUACUCCUCUGCUCAGCCCGCCAACCCGCUAGCCUCGGCCAUGACGAUCUCUGACCUCGUAGAUGCUGACGAUGAAAUCCUAAUCGCGAGGAUUAGCGAGUCUCUCGCAGAUCAGCAAAUCUUUCACCGGCUGAAGAUCAUUGGCAUCGGCCGAAAAGGCUUCCACUUGGGUGAUUACUAUACGGUCCCGUCCGAACCGUCAGAGUCGCACGGACACGUCCAGCUCCAAACGCCCACGGGCUCCCGUGCGACCAGUGCUGAGGCCAAUGUGAGCGGCGAGAAGAGUCCAGCGGCUGAUGUUCCCCUCGCCCCGGCCAACGGACAUACGGCCAUGGUGCCGUCGCAGAAAGAUGGGCCUCCGCCCUCGUUACUCGGCAAACGGAUGCGCGAAGACGACACUCCUGGGAUGGAACGGGGAGCCGGUGGCCAACCUCCGGGCGAGGAGUCGACAGGAAGCCGUCGGAACAAUCCCUGCAUUCCUCAAUUGCUGCGCGAUGGUCGGAUCUGGCGCCGACGCGUCCGGCGAGUGGGAUGGGAGGUACUGAAACAUUGGGAGAUCUGGGGGCUAGACAAACAGGAGUUAUGAUCUGGCGUAUGUAUUUGGAUACCCGGGUGGAUCUUCAAUUUCGGAGUGCCGGCGAGCUUGAUGUUAUAUAUAGCGUGCCAUGCGAGGGCAGCGUAGGAUUAUACCACAUGUGAAUGACAGCUCCUCUCAAAUACCUUUCUACAUACCAGGACUA